ACGCGCUUUUCAUUGUGUUGGUACUGUACGCCAUUGCAAUUUUUCAAAUCAGAGGUUGGCUGUUGAACUGCGCUUGAAUCAAGUGACUGAUUUUAUUUUACAAACUAUUUUUUAAUUCAAUUCGUAUUUCAUAUUGAUCUCAGCACAAUUUUAUUUUCGUAAAGCGUUGUUUUAGUGUUUAUAUCUUGUUUAUAGCUCGAAUUCGCUUUCGCUACUACUGAUUGUGCAAAAUAAUUAAAUAGUUCCUUCACCAUGUCUAAUGAAAAUCGUAUCGAUGCGUACAAGAACCAUGGUAAAAACUCAGAUCGUCUGCGAUCUAGUCGUAAGGAAGCGACGAUUGAGUUGCGUAAAGCCAGAAAGGAAGACCAAAUACUCAAGCGUCGUAACAUCAACAUAGAUCCGGAAUUCGCGUUACAGGACAGCAAUGGUCAGUCACCAUGCACAAAAACUCCCGAGGAAAUUUUAUUCGGAAUGGAUUCGGCCAGUGUCGAACACAUUUUCGAUGCUGUCCAGUCGACACGGAAAAUGUUGAGCAGGGAACGUCAACCGCCGAUUGAUUUGAUGAUACGCCAUGGAAUCGUACCGAAAUUGGUUACAUUUUUGGAUUAUUCGGACGAUACCAAUUUGCAAUUCGAAGCUGCAUGGGCUCUAACAAACAUUGCGUCGGGUACAUCCGCACAGACAAUGGCUGUGGUCGAUGCUGGUGCUGUGGAUAAGUUUAUUCGACUGUUGUCGUCACCAUCGCCUAAUGUUGCUGAACAAGCUGUUUGGGCAUUAGGUAACAUCGCUGGCGAUGGCAGCAAAACCCGUGAUAUCGUUUUGAAUGCUAAUGUUGUUGAAGGAUUGAUUCAGCUAUUCGCAACUGAUCUGUCGAUCACAUCGCUACGGAACAUAACCUGGCUUAUGUCGAAUCUUUUCCGCAACAAAAAUCCAUCGGCGCCAUUCGAUAAAGUGAAAGUGAUGCUUCCUCAUUUGGCUAGACUGUUACUGCAUCAAGAUAGUCAAGUUGUGACCGAUGCAGCUUGGGCUAUCAGCUAUGUUACGGAUGAUGAUAACAAUAAAAUUCAAGCGGUCAUCGAUCAUGGUUGUGUUCACCCGUUGGUGCGAUUGCUUGAACGGGACGAUGCAUCGAUUAUUGUACCGUCAUUACGGAGCAUUGGCAAUAUUGUGACUGGUAACGAUCAGCAGACUGACAGCGUCAUCUCUGCUGGUGCAUUGGUACCACUCAAGAAACUGCUUCAAAGCAACAAAACCAACAUUGUGAAAGAAGCGGCAUGGACCAUCAGUAACAUUACAGCUGGCAAUUCGGAUCAAAUCGAACAUGUCAUCAAUUCCGAUGUUUUCCCCAUUAUUCGCACCAUUUUGGAGAAGGGAGAUUUUAAAUCUCAAAAGGAGGCUGCUUGGAUUGUGACAAAUACCACGACCAGCGGUACACCGGAACAAGUCAUUAGAUUAGUUACGCAAUACAACGUGUUCAUACCGUUCUGUUUGUUAAUGGAUUCGAAAGAUACGAGAACGGUCAAUGUUGUUUUGGCUGGCUUAACGAACAUUCUGGAGUUGGCUGACAAGUUCGGUGGUACGGAACAGGUUUUACGUGUUCUUGAAGAGAACAAUUGCAUCGAUAUUCUAGAGAAAUUGCAGAGUCACGAAAAUGAAGACAUUUACAAGAGGUCGCUGUUUAUAAUCGAAAAGUACUUCAAUGACGAAGAGCAAGAAAACAAUUUAGGUCCAGGAGAAGUGGAUGGAGUCCUUCAAUUUAAUCCAGAUAAUGGACAAAAUGGAUAUCAAUUCUAAGGAGCCGCCCACCUGUUUACUGUUCAAAUAUAAUUUUUAUUGUUUCCCAUAUUAAUCCUAUCAAUUCAUUUCAAUUAAACUUAGUUAAACAAAAAUAAAUUUGAUUCUAACGUGCA